AUGGCUUCAACUUCGACUUCGGUGACUCCUAUUCCGAAUCAUGGAAAAAGCCCGGAAAAGUUCAAUGGUUCCGAUUUUAAGAGAUGGCAACAAAAGAUGUUGUUCUAUCUCACGACAUUGAACUUAGCAAGGUUCCCCAAUAAGGAUGCUCCUAAGUUGGAUGAAGUAGAGACAAACAACGAAAAGGUUGCUGCUGUGGAUGCAUGGAAGCAUUCUAACUUCCUAUGUCGCAACUAUGUCCUCAACGGUCUGGAUAAUAUACUUUAUAACGUCUAUAGUCCGUUAAAAACGGCUAAGGAGUUAUGGGAAAGUCUGGACAAGAAAUACAAAACAGAAGAUGUUGGUUUGAAAAAAUUCAUUGUUGGCAAAUUUCUAGAUUUUAAGAUGGUUGAUUCUAAAAUUGUCUUAAGUCAAGUUCAAGAACUUCAAGUGAUAAUGCAUGAUAUUCAUGUUGAAGGAAUGACUCUAAGUGAGACAUUUCAAGAAGACAAUAGGUUCUCUGAGAAGAAAGUUGGUAAGAAUUUGGAGGUUUCAAGGGCCGAUGUUAUUGAAGAAGGAUCAAAACCCAACAAGAAGAGAAAAAUGCCUAACAAGUUUGGAGAGGGAUUCACCAAAGGCCUGAAGAAGUUCGUUGGCAAGUGCUUCAACCGUGGAAAGUCCGGACAUCAAGCCAAAGAUUGCAUAGCCAAAAAAGGACAGAAAACUCAAGCGAAUGUGGUGGAACAGAUUUCCAAUGACAUUGAUGAUGUCAAUCUUACUCAUAUGAUAUCCGAAUGCAACAUGGUGGGAAACCUCAAGGAGUGGUGGAUUAAUACUGGAGCAACUCGUUAUAUCUGUACAAAUAAAUCAAUGUUCUCGUCCUACACUACUGUGGGGUGUGAUGAAAAACUCUAUACGGGUAAUUCAUUAACCUCUAAGGUUGAAGGUGUCGGAAAGAUUGCUCUGAAAAAGACAUAUGAAAAAAUUGUGACACUAAAUUAUGUUUUGCAUGUGCUAGAUUCUCGUAAGAAUUUAGUGUCGGGAUCUUUCCUUAACAAAAAUGGCUUCAACAAAGAUGAGGCAAUUAAUGCUUUUAGAACUUAUAAAUCCGAAGUUGAAACUCAGUUAAAUAAGAAAAUUAAAAUGAUAAGAAGUGAUAGAGGAGGUGAAUAUGAAUUUCCUUUCGAGGAAAUAUGCUCUGAGUUUGGCAUCAUUUACAAAUUCAUCCUCCUUAUACACCGCAAUUGA